UUCACAUACAUUGUGCCAAAUGAACAUGAUGAGGCAAUCACACUCUUUCAUGAGAUGAACUGGGCACAACAAAAGCCCAACGCCAUUACCAUGUUAAAUCUUCUUGAGGCUUGCUCCAUUUCGGCUGAUCUGAAAAGAUCGAAGUGGGCCCAUGGUAUUGCACUUCGAAGAGGAUGGGCAUCAGAAGUAGCAGUUGGAACUGCAAUUCUCGAUAUGUACUCCAAAUGUGGGGCAAUAGAAGCCUCGAGAAAGGCCUUUGAUCAAAUUACCCAGAAAAACAUCGUGUCUUGGAGUGCCAUGAUUGCAGCAUAUGGUGUGAAUGGGCUUGCCUGUGAUGCUCUAGCUUUGCUUGCCGAAAUGAAAGUGCAUGGUCUGAAGCCAAAUGCGGUAACAACUCUCUCGGUGUUAUCUGCAUGUAGCCACAGGGGCUUAGUUGAGGAGGGACUUGCUUUCAUCAGAGAGUUGGCUCAGGAUCAGCUGGUUGAUCUGAGGUUAGAGCACUUGUCGUGCAUGGUGGACUUACUGGGUCGGGCAGGAAGGCUUGAUAGCGCAUUGGAGUUGUUAGAGAAGAUGCCUGAUGGAUUGAAGCCUAGUGCCAGCGCCUGGGGGGCACUCUUGAGUGCUUGCAGGAGCUAUGGUGACAGCAAGCUUGGUGCAGGAGCUGUUUCUCAUGUUGUUGAAUUGGAGCCAUCAAGCUCUGCAGGGUAUUUGCUUGCAUCAAAUAUGCAUGCGAUGGGGGGGUCAUGGGCUGAUGCCGCAAGGCUGAGAGGGUUGGCAAAGGAGAGAAGGGUGGGAGUUGUGGCUGGUUACAGUUUGGUGCAUGUUAAUAAUAAAGCAUGUCGAUUUGUGGCUGGAGAUAAGCAAGAGGCAUUGUCAGAUGAGAUAUGCCUUUUUAUUGAGCAGCUGCACAUGUGCAUGAAGUUGGAGGAAAAACGAUGA